AUGUUCAUGUUGGACGUAAAAGACGACAUCUUUCACUUCACACGUGAAGGCUACUCGCAUCUGAGUGACUCAGAGUGGGAGGUAUUCGGCCGCAUGAGUGUGCUCAUGGGCGAACCCGCCAUCAGUGGUAUGUUGGAGUCUUUAAACAUAGACCAGAAACAUGCUGCUAUCAACAAGUUCCUACAAGAAGAACUUGCCGUCGAAAGACAGAAGAUCGCCUUGUUAAAGCAGCAAGGCUCUCACCAGUCGAUGGACGGGCCGACGCACAUGCGUCGAACCGAAACAUUAAAGAUAGAUAUCUCAAGGUACAAGGGAACCGAUGAAGAUUUCCUUUUGAGAUGGUUUGUCGAGUCAGACGAUUCCAUCAGGGCCCUUCAUAUCGAGGGUGACGAGAUGCAAGUCACCUUCUCCCUGUCAAACUUGACACGUCGAGCAAAGAAUUGGGCCUUAGGGCUCAAGCUUCACGACCCAAACUUGUUUUAG